AUGUCUCUGCACCAUCUCACUACUGGAGCUCCAGUCUCCCUCUCACAUUCCUCACUGCACCCCCGUCGCACGGCUCAUUCCAGUGCACUAGCACUAGCCAUCAACCAGGGAGUUUUUGAGAAUUCUCAAAAUCUCCCUGCUCCAUCAACCAGCACAGAAUGCCCGUUCCCUGUCCCACCUCCAACCCUAACCAAGAUGGCGGCAGGUACUCCCCUGUGCGACGCCGACCGCCUGCCAUGGCUGCUCUCCCUGCACGCCCUGCUCUGCCCCUUGCACGCGCUCCCCCUCCCUCCUCCCUCUACACACCGGGGAUCCCAGACACAUGCUCCUCCACAGCACACGUGUCAAGCCCCUGCUGAUUCAUUCGCGCUGUCCCCUUUAUCAUGCUCCUCCCCGCCACGCUUCCCCUCUCCUCCCCCGCCCCAUCCCUCUCCCCCGACCCGUGGCCCGCUGGUGCUGGCGUGCUCCGCCCUCACGCCCGCGUACCGCAACGUGCUGAGGUGGGGAGAUGGGUGCAGGUUAGACGCGGAUGUGCGGACCGCAGAGGCAGGGGAUGUGGGGGCAGGGAAUGUGGGGGCAGGGAGGGAAGCGCAGGGCUGUGAGGCAUGUGGGGAAAGAGAGAGUGUGUUGAUGGGUGCGGGGCGUGCAGAGCAUGCUGCCACAGCUGCAAGGGCCAGUGCUGCUGCUUCUGCAGCAGUCAGCAGCCAAUGCGGCCAGCCCAGCGAGGGCAGCAACAGCAGCAGCAGCAGUGGCAAGGGAGGUGUAUGUGGAAGGGGAGAAACGGGCAAUGCGUCAUGCAACCACAUUGGUCGUGGCAGCACAGGCACAUGUCCCACUGCACCGUGUGCUCCAGUCCUGCCCGCUAACCGUCUCGCUCAGCCGCAGCACACCAGCAGCACAGGCACAGAACACUCUGCACCGUGCGCACCUCGCCUGCUCUUCAUCCUGCUGGACGUUCCUCCCCUCGUGCUGGCAGACAGGCUGGCCCAGCGCCACCACACAGAGGGCCACUUCAUGCCGCCCUGCCUGCUGCCCUCACAGCUCGCGCUGCUGGCUGUGGGGGAAGGUGAAGGGGAUGUGGUGCGCGUCAAUUCUGAUGGCGACCUGGAGUGCGUGGUGGAUGAUGCUAUGAGUGUGGUUGCCCAGAUGAAUUAUUGA